UGGCUCCGGCUCUACGGCUACCUCCCGCAGUCCAGCCGGCAGAUGUCCACCAUGCGCUCGGCGCAGACCCUGGCCUCCGCGCUCUCCGAGAUGCAGAGGUUCUACGGGAUCACGGUGACGGGCGUCCUGGAUGAGGAGACCAAGCUGUGGAUGAAGCGGCCCCGCUGUGGUGUCCCGGAUCAGUUUGGAGUCCAGAUCAAAGCCAACAUGCGGCGGAAGCGGUACGCGCUCACCGGGCGGCGCUGGAGCCAAACCCACCUGACCUUCAGCAUCCAGAACUACACGGAUAAGCUGGGGCGGUACCACUCGUACGAGGCCAUUCGCCGAGCCUUCCGGGUGUGGGAGCAGGCCACGCCCCUUGUCUUCCAAGAGGUCCCCUAUGAUGACAUCAGGCACAAGAGGAGGAAGGAGGCCGACAUCAUGGUGCUCUUUGCCUCCGGUUUCCAUGGAGACAGCUCCCCCUUCGAUGGCGUGGGGGGCUUCCUGGCCCAUGCGUAUUUCCCCGGCCCCGGGAUGGGAGGGGACACGCACUUUGACUCGGACGAGCCCUGGACACUGGAGAACACCGACAUGUCUGGCAACAAUCUUUUCCUGGUGGCCAUCCACGAGCUGGGGCACUCGCUGGGGCUGGAGCACUCCAGCAAUCCCAGCGCCAUCAUGGCCCCCUUCUACCAGUGGAUGGACACGGAGAACUUCCAGCUGCCCGAGGAUGACCUCAAGGGCAUCCAGCAGCUGUACGGUGCCCCUGAUGGGCAGCCCCAGCCCACCCGGCCCCUCCCUACGGUGACUCCCCGCGGCCCUGGAAAGCCAGACCACAGACCCCCCAAGCCACCUCCCCCCGGUAAACCAGAUCGGCCCCCGAAACCAGGCAACCCGGACCGGCCCCGAACCACCGACCGGCCCGACCAGUACGGGCCCAACAUCUGUGAUGGGGAGUUCGACACCGUGGCUGUGCUGCGCGGGGAAAUGUUUGUGUUUAAGGGCCGAUGGUUCUGGAGGGUUCGCCAUAACCGGGUGCUGGACAACUACCCCAUGCCCAUCGGGCACUUCUGGAGGGGCCUCCCCGGGGACAUCGACGCCGCCUACGAGAGGCACGACGGCAAGUUCGUGUUCUUCAAAGGGGAUCGGUACUGGCUCUUCCGAGAGGCAAACCUGGAGCCCGGAUACCCGCAGCCCCUCACCAGCUACGGGCAGGGCAUCCCCUACGACAAGAUCGACACUGCCAUCUGGUGGGAGCCCACGGGACACACCUUCUUCUUCCGCGGGGACAGGUACUGGCGCUUUAACGAGGAGACCCACUCCGUGGAUCCUGGCUACCCGAAGCUGAUCACCGUGUGGGUGGGAGUCCCUCCCACGCCCAAGGGGGCCUUCCUGAGCUCGGAUGCCUCGUACACCUAUUUCUACAAAGGCACCAAGUACUGGAAGUUCGACAAUGAGCGGUUGAAGACGGAGCCGGGGUACCCCAAGUCCAUCCUGCGGGACUUCAUGGGCUGCCACGAGGCACUGGUGCCGGACCCCGACCCUGGGCACCGAUGGCCUGACCUGGACAGACCUCCCUUCAACCCGGACGGCAGGGGCACGGGCGAUGACCGGGAGGGGGACGAAGGGGAGGCCGAAGCACGCCCCGGCGACCGGGAGGAGGAGGAGGAGGAGGAGGAGGACUACGGCGGCCCCACCCGGGGCAGCGGCAACGACGUGGACAUCGUGGUGCAGAUAGACAAGUACACGCGGACCAUGAGCAUCGUCAUGGUGAUGGUGCCCCUGGUGCUGCUGCUUUGCGUUCUGGGCCUCAUCUACGCCAUCAUCCAGAUGCACAGGAAGGGGGCCCCUCGGAUGCUGCUGUACUGCAAACGCUCCUUGCAGGAGUGGGUCUGAACCUGGACCCCUGCCCCACCAUGCCCCCCCCCCCCCCGCCCCCAGCCCGAUCCCCCUCUCCCACCACCAUGGUGCUAACAAAGAAGCUUGAGAAGACGAAGCCCCCGGAGCCUUUCCCAGAUGACUUACACCGAGGUUUUGCACAUUGAGUUGAAUGCGCUCGGCCAGGCCUGCUUCCCCCUCGAGCAUGUCGGAGACGCCGCACUACAGACUCCUCCGUGCUUACAGCCACCUCUGCCCUUCCCGUGCCUGGAUCAAGGCCGCCUGUGGCCCCCUCCCUGCUGGGGGAGAGGGGGGUUGCCCCACGAUCUGGGUUGCUCCCAGUGUUCGCGCUGGGCAAGGGAGACCAUGUCCGUGCUCUGCAGCCUCUGAUCUCUCGUCGCUGCAGGGCUGGCAUUGGGGAGCAGCCAUUUGCUGGGGGCCCCCAUCUCUGCUUCACAGAAGCACCUGGGCCCCGAGUGCCGAACCCCCCACGGGAGGGGACAGGUGGGUGGGUUUCCCUUACGGCCCUCCUGGGCCAUGGGGGUCUCUCCCCCGUCCUCAGACGCCACCUCCCUCGGCUGCGUUCUCGGCUCGGCGCCCAGUCACAGGCUCGGAGGGGCAGAACUCGAAAUGCUUCCUCAGCUCGGCUCUUCCCCCAGCAAUCAGCCCUCCUGGUCCUGGAUGUUUCCCUUUGGCGCCCAUCCACAUGUCGUGCGUGUGUUGUCUGUGCCGUGUCCUGGCUGGGCCCGUGGAGCAGAGGGAGGGGAUCCUGGUCUGGGUGGUUCACCCCUGACAAGUCACCAGUCUGAUCAAUCCCAGGGGGGUACGUCCCCCAGCCCGAGGGAAGGGAAGCCUUUUCCCGGGUGAGGUCCUAUAGGAGAGGCUUGGCUCUUUGGUUCAUCCGAGGCGGUCUGGCUCUGAUGUCUGUUUCAAGCUCCCCUCCCUGUCUCCUCGUGUCGGUGGUCUUUGCAGCCCUGCUCCUCCCCGGGGCGGGUGGGCAGCCGCUCAGUGCACUGCCCUGGGGGAGUGGGAAGCCAUCUCCCCGGCCCCUCUUCUCGCUCGCCCGCCCGGACUGUGCUAACGUCUAGCAGCAGCUUUUCCCCACACACAGCGCGCUAGCAGCGGGGCCCAGGGGAAACGGCCUCUUCCAGGAGCUUCUCCCCAUGGCCACCCUUGGGCUGUGGACAUGGGCUUUCCUGGGCAUUUCAGUGCCAAGCUACAGCAAGGGGAGGGCGGUGGGGUCGUGAGGGUGCACGGGCCAGCUGGAGAAGUGGAUUCCAAUCCUGGCUCAGGUCCCAGGUGAUAUGAGUUUGAUGGCCUCAGCCUAGCAGGGAUUGGAAUGUGGACUGACCAGGAUUAUACAUCUGAGCCUGUGGCUAGAGUAGCUGGGGGGGGCUGCAGGGCAGGACUGAGGGGCAUUGGCUGAGCUGGGUGGGGGCCCAGAACUGGGAUAGCAGGGGGGCUGCAGGGUAUUGGCAGAGCAGACGGUGCAAGAGAAGCCCGGCUCCGGCUGCUGCUGAUUCCCCAGGCACUGGUUCGUUUCCGAGGCGUGCUGAGCUGGGUUUUCUGGCCCAGGCAGAUGGGGUGGAGGUGACCUCACUGUGUUUAUUUCCUGUUUAACUGUUUACAGCUGGGAAACGAGGGAGGGAGGGAGCCUAAAGAUAGCAGAGGUCUCUGGAACCUGCCCUGGAAGGCUGGCCGGGAGCCGAGGGCCUGUGCUUCUCCCAGCCCCAGCGACACUGGUCAGUUCCCAUCGGGGCCUCCAUCCAUUGGGAAGAUGCUCUUACGAUGGAAGUCGCCCGUAGCUGCUUUUCAUCCGCUUCCUUCUCCCCCGCACACCCGCUUCCGAAACAAACAGCCGCCUGCGGGGCCUGUGGGAAAUGGGGCUGGGAAAGCAGCAAGCUCCGGCGCCCAGCCCCCACUGCCCCAGAGCCUGAGAGCGCCGUGCGCGGGGGACAAGCCGCUCUGGGAAGGGGCGCAGGGGGGAGGGGCGGCUUAGAAACUCCGCUCCAUAAAAGCUUUUGUGGGAGCCAAGGGACAGCCCGACCCAGGCUCGCAGCCAUUGCAGAGCUGUUCAGCCUGUGGAGACGGGGCAGCAAGGGAGGCUAGAUGCCUUCCCAGUUUCGGCAGCAGCCUGGCAAGCCCCAGAUUAGCCGACACUGUACAGGUUCCUUGUAACUACACCACUGAAUUCGACUGUGCCUUAUCGGGCACACCUCUUCCCGGAGAGCUGGGACCCACCAGGAAAGGUUGCGUAUCGGGAGCAAGGGGGCUCUGAACACCCAACCCCCGUGGGCACAGCUGAGGCCUUCCUGCCUUUUUCCUGAACCAGAGGGCAGCACCCACUCGGCAGAUCCCGCCCGCUCCAUUCUUGCAGCAGACGUGCCGGCUUUCCCCUGCACGGGGAAAUUGUCCCAGCACCGCCAAUGGGCACAAGGUGCAGAAACGGGUGGGAUUUACUGUGGGUUCCCACUGCCUGAACCCUGGGCCAGAACUGGCCUGGCCAAAUCUGCCUUUUUUCAUGGUUGAGUAAAAUACGGGUGGUUUUGUUAUCAUGGUCAAGAGCCAGCAAGUAACGUUUGUGUCUGGGCUAGUCCGUUUCCCUGGCAGUUUUGCCCGGGCGAAGGGGAUGUGUCUGGGCGGAGGGGAUCGGCGUUUGCUGCACACCACAGGGAUGAAUAGGCUGCUUGGGCCAAAGAUUAAGAGCCAGCUUCUCCCCGGCUGGAAAUCAGCGUCUCUCCAUCGACUUGGACGAGAGCCUCCGCGGGCGUAACUGGAUGUGGUGCCACUGAAGUCAGUGGACUAGAUCCCCAGUUGGUGUAAACCAGUAAAGCCCCAUUGGCUUCAGGGGAGCGAUGCCAGUUUAGACUCGCUGAGGCUCUGGCCCCGUGGGUGUCCUUCCCUGCCCCUGACACUGAGUUGGAGGUGAGCUGGCACUGCAGGGUCCCUGGGCGCCUGCCCCCUCCCACGCUGCAUGGAUAGCAGUAGCCUGGGCGAGGUCUCACUGUGUGGCUGGGGGCUACAGGCUUGCUUCCAAACCAGUGCCUCUGGCAGGGCAGUUCACUCAGUGCCCCAGGGGGAAACAGUCCAGGAUCCGGGAGGACUCCCCAAACCCUCCCAGGGCAGCCUGGCUUGAUCUGCAGGUGAGGACCGUUGAUAAUUCAGCACUCUAGGUUCCCAGGGUCCCAGUCAGCAGAGCCACUUGCUCUCCCUCACCCCAGGGUGCUGCUCCCCUGUGGGCACCUCAGCUAUUAUCGCAAAGGCAGGCAUUUCUCCCAGGACAUGGAGCUGCCGGGCAAGUUCUUUCUCAGCCCUCGGGAUCGGGGGCAGUAUCGCUGGAGUCCCCAGGAGCUUGGCUCCCUGGAGCAGUCUUCACUCAGUACCCCUCCGUGGGAAAGCACGGGCUCCCGGCUUCCCCGUCAGCGGCCAUGGGCCACCUUUGUUUGGAAAAAGCCUUUUGUUGGCUCCAGCCGCUUGUCUUUCCCAUUUGGAGCGUUCCCAGCGCUGAUCGGUCAAUGCCGUUCCCCUCUUUGAGCCCAUCUGGAAGCUGGAGCUGGGCCGGGGCCAGGCACUCGCAGAGCCCUUGGCUUUAAUGAAUGGAAAAUUGUUCCAUUUUUAAGUGCACAGGUGUGCGCUGGAGAAAGUGCAUUUCGGGCCAGGGCUGGCCCAGAGCCCAGCUCCCGCUUCGCUCUGCCUUGGGGCAGGAAUUCCACGCCCUGCCUUCCCGCAGGCGGCUCGGCUCCGCUGGGGCAGCGUCCCCCCCAGGGGAUCCUUUCACCUCGCUGACCCUCCUGCGGGGGUGAGCUCACCAUGGCGUGAGACUGAUGGUCCUCUCCACGCUGAGGCCUGCUCGGAAAGGGCCCCAAAGUGACGUCUGGCCCAAUCACGCAGCGUUAGCAACGCAGGCCGGGGUUAGGUUCCCAAGGCUGUCGGGCCCUCAGCCUCAGAGGAAUUUAGGUGCCUAACUUCCAGGAUCUGGGCCUCAGCGCCAACAGAGUCCAUUGAAAUGUGAGCCUGAGGCUCCCUAGCAGGGCACGGCACCAACACUUGAGGUGGUGACACCCCCCCCCAAUUCCCCCAGGUCAGCUGCCUCUGAGGAGGGGCUGUUUCUGUGGCCUGACAGCUCUCCCCACCCCAUGUCUCCCUCUGUCCCCGCAUCCCAUCCAUGCCCCCAUCAGCACGGGGGAAAUGGGACUGGAUGGGAGGGUAACUAACCCUAACCACCUCAGCUCUGCGCCGGCAGCCAUGGCGGAGAACAGGGGGCCCCUGGCAGUAGCGCAAGAGGUUGUGUCCCAUGGGCAUGGAGGCUCAUGGUGACAGCCCGCCAGGCCAUGCCCUAUCCCUUGUGGUGUCUGUCUGUCUGUCUCUCUCUCGUGUGUACACGUGUGUUUGGUUUUUUUUAACGUCCAUGCUGGUCAUGUUUAACUGCUACACAAUAAAUCCUACCAAACCA